UGUGAGUUGUACCCAGCAUGCAUGCAUGCAUGCAGUUCGGCGGGGUAAUUAAAUAAUGUACAACUAUUAGUUUGCAAAUUGUUAAGAAGCGUUUGUUGUGGGUUAUUGUUGUAAAAUGUUAUGACUCAAUCUCAACACACGACACAGAAGCUCCGACCGCUCCACACUUUGAGACGUGGUGUAAAGAUAAAUUGUGCUGCCUACCGAAUAGCAAUAUCAGUUGUCACGGCUGUAUGAUGGUGUGUAAAAAAUUCAUACCGUAAUUUGAAUAUAACGGUGUAGCGCUACCACUUCCACUCCUUUCAGUACUUGAAGUUAUCAUCAGUCGAAACGUUCCGGUUAGUUCACUUUUUAUACUUGUCACAUCUUCUCACAUUUAACACUCGUGUCCUCAUCACCUCUUCAACUGAAACUAAUAAUUCACCAUCCACACAGUAAAGUAGUAUAAUUAAAUUUCACUUCAACUCCUUUUUAGCGCUUAAUUUCCUCAACUCUUUACUGUCAUUCAAAGACGAUUUUUUAAACUAUAACUAUAUAAAGCAUGAAAGUGUCUUAGCCGCUAGAAUGCUUCAGUUUCAUUCACGUAGUUCCUUAGUUUUCCCAGUUUCUUUCUACUGCCACAGAUAAAACAAGCGGCUGUAUAGUCAGAAAACAUUCCUGUCCACUCAGCAGAGAAUAAGAUUGAUUUUGGCUCUGAGGUCAUUGGGUUCUGAGAUGGAAACACGCUGAGGUUCAGGGAGGAGAGCUAUAAAUGCCAUGGUCCUGUAGUCUAGGCAACCAAUGGUAGCCACUGAUCAGGCCACCACUGAAUGAACUGGACUGAAACUGAGCCAACUGGCCCAGUGGGUACGGUAGGUAGGAGAAUGGUAGAACUGGACUGGUCACUGGAGUCUAUGUUAUAGGUCUGGGUUCUUGGUCUAGAUGUGGGUCUAGUUUCUUGGUGCAGAAAUAGGUUCUGGGACUUAAUGUUAAUGUGUCCCAUAGAAUCAACGUGCCCCUUCCUCCUGCUGGUGUUGAAGGAGCAGCUGCAGGAGCUCCAAACUGCCCUCCUGGCCUCCAUCCUAGACAUGGAUGAGUACAAGAAGGCCUCCUCAUCCGGAGGGCCGACUUCCCCUCUGGAGUGGACCGACGGGCUGCUGCUCCUCCACAGCUGUCCUCCUCCUCUGGACCAGCACCUCCUCGGACUGCUGGGACACUCAGCUAUGACAAACAACCAUAAGAAUAAGAAGACAAUCCUGGGCUCUUCUGGUCUGCAGCAGCUUCCAACUAGGUUGAUCCAGUAUCCGGCGGCGCCCUCUAAAGGCCGCAUCACGGUGACCAAAGAGGACCUGGCCUGUCUGAGCGGGGGGGAGUUCCUCAACGACGUCAUCAUUGACUUCUACCUCAAGUUCCUGCUGCUGGAGGGAGUUGGCGGCGCGGUGGCCGAGCGAAGUCACGUCUUCAGCAGCUUCUUCUACAAGCAACUGAGCAGGCGUCGAGUCGCCGGAGAGGACAACACCCCCUCCGUCCCCGAUCUUCACAUGAGGCACCAAAGGGUGAAGACCUGGACCCGACACGUCGAUAUUUUCACCAAAGACUUCCUAUUUGUGCCUGUCAAUCAAGAAGCCCACUGGUACCUGGCAGUGGUCUGCUUCCCGGGUCUGGAGGACGUUCAGUACCAAGCGUUCCGGUGUGCAACAGGUGGAUCGAAGCUUACAGCAGGUAAAGCGUCGUCUUUGAGUCUGAGACCACAGCAGCCUCCGGAGUGCACUGAGCAGAGCUGGCAGAGGGACAUUGUACUGAGGAGGCCCUGCAUCCUGGUCAUGGAUUCUCUGAAGCUCUCCUGCCACGAGAACGUCUGCCGCCUCCUCAGAGACUACCUCCAGGUGGAGUGGGAGGUCCGGAGGGGGACGCCCCCCCGCCGCUUCACCUCGGACAGCAUGAGGAGCUCCAGCUGCAGAGUCCCUCAGCAGGACAACAGCAGCGACUGUGGAGUCUAUCUGCUACAGUACGCCGAGAGCUUCCUGCAGAACCCUGUGGUGCACUUUGACCUCCCACUGAAGUUGGACCGCUGGUUUCCACGGCAACAGGUGCGGCAGAAGCGCGAGGAGAUCCGAACCCUGAUCCUGACGAUGCACCGGAGUCAGAUGGGAGAGAAGUGAAUCCCAAAAAAAUAACACAUCAAGCCGUUAAUUCUGUGCAAUAAAUAAUUUAUAUUUUCUAUUUUAUUCAAAUUAUUUUAAUUUGAAGGAUUUCAAAUGUUGCUUUAAAAAUAUUUUUUAGACUAGUUUUUCUUUUGUGUGCAAAUAAAUAGCUUUACACUGAAAAUAAACUGAUAAUUCUGAUUAUGUGACCGCAGUCUUUUUCAGUCUAUUGUGAAACUUUAAACGGGAUUUCAAUUUACCACUGGAAUGGAAUUGAAUCUUUACUUUAUUGCAGUAAACAUUCAAUUCCAUUUAAAGAAUUUCAAUUCGCAAUUUCAAUCUUUUAUUUAUUACUGUGAAAGUGAAUGAAAUGUUAAUACAUCUCUACCUCAUCAAUUAUAUAUUUCUCCUCCUGUUUUCUUAAAUAAACCAUAUUUAUUUA